CUGAUAUUGAAUGAACAAGCUAAGGAGGAGAACCUAAGAAGCCAAUGUCUUGCCCAGUUACAGAGUUUGACAAGGAGGAUUGAAGACUUGCCCAUUACUGACCAUUACUCCCUUCAGACUGACAUGUCACGGCGCCAGCUGGAGUACGAAGCCCGCCAGCUUAGAGAGUUGAUGCAAGAGAGACUGGGAUCUAUGGAGGACAUCGCAGCAAGGCAUCGGAUGCGCAUGCAGAGGCUAAGUGCAAUUGAAUAUGAGCUCAGGCAGGUUCAAGAACAACAGCAACAUCAACAACAGCAGCAACAUCAACAACAGCAGCAACAACAUCAACAGCAGCAACUACAACAACAGCAACUUUUAGCCCAAGUAUGGGAGCAGGGUGCACAGGCUUCCCUCUCUGAUGAUGCUCUGAGGUUAGUGUACAGUCAGAGCCUGAAUGCAGCCGGUGGAGGUACAAACAGCAAGCGAUCAUCAGCAAGUUCACAUGAUUCAAACUCCCAUGGUAGCCCUGCAUCACAUCGACGAGCAGCCAGUCUGGUCAUCGAUGCCAAAACAGACUUCGGUCUCAGUGGUUCUCCACCAAAUGGUCUAAGACCAAAUCCUACCUCUUCCACACAAACUGCUACAGACAGCCCCUAUAUACACCUGUCAAACGAUGGAUCGGUGCAAGCAGGUGGCAUGCAACAGCCACCAUUGCAGCAGAAACAACCGCUACAACAGCAGCAAACGGGAACAGGUAUUGCUCCGCCGUGUCCACCAACCUUCUUCCAUGGAGCAUGGCCCUUUCUCAACAACCUGCAUGCGGGUGCUAAUCUGAAUGGGGAUACGAUGGAACAGGUCUUGGGAAAAAUUCCUUUUGGUGUUGCUGGAGGUGGUGGUGGUGGUGGUGGGAGUGGUCCAGGGAGUGGUAAUGGUGAGCAGGAAACAUCUAGUGUUAUGAGUUUUGGAUCAUCAUCCUGUUCUGGUACAGGUCCAAGGAAGAGUUCUACUGCUGGUGCUAACAACCAACAACUCGGAGUCAAGGUUGGGUUUGUGUACUCUCUACUCUCCAUGUUAGGUUCGCAUGACAGGGAUGACAUGGCAAGCACGCUACUCAUGAUGUCCAGGUCUGCCGAUAGUUGUCUAGCUAUGAGGCAGUCUGGUUGUAUACCCCUCUUAAUCCAUAUCCUGCAUGGAACGGACCAGGAGUCUGUGCUGGGUAACUUCAGGGGGAGUCAGAAGGCAAGGGACUGUGCCAGCACAGCCCUUCAUAACAUUGUACAUCUCAACCCUGAUGAGAAGCGACGUAAGCAGGAGGGGCGUGUCCUUCGUCUCCUUGAACAAAUCAGGUCCUACUGUGACACCCUUGUGGAGACCGAAAAUAAGGAGAGUGCAUCAAGUCAGAGUGCUCUACCAAUAGAUCACAAUCCUGGUCCUGCUAUGGCUGCUCUCAUGAAGCUCUCAUUUGAUGAGGAGCAUCGCAGUGCAAUAUGCCACCUAGGUGGCCUUCAUGCAAUAGCUGAACUCUUGCAAGUAGAUUAUGAGGUUCACGGAAGCAGCAACGACCAGUACACAGUCACUCUGAGACGGUAUGCAGGGAUGGCCCUUACUAACCUGACCUUUGGGGAUGUCACCAACAAAGCCCUUCUCUGCUCUAUGAAAGGAUGUAUGAAAGCCCUGGUGGCCCUCCUUAGUGCAGAGAGUGAGGACCUAAGACAAGUAGCAGCUAGUGUUUUGAGGAACCUCUCCUGGAGGGCAGAUAUGGCCAGCAAGAAGGCUCUAAGGGAAGCUGGAGCAGUUGUCGCAUUAAUGACUUGUUCUCUGGAAGUCAAAAAGGAAUCAACACUGAAGAGCGUUUUAAGUGCAUUAUGGAACCUUUCAGCACACUGUACUGAGAACAAGGCGGACAUUUGUGCCGUCAAUGGUGCUCUUGAGUUUCUGGUGGGCUCUUUAACUUAUAGAAGUCCAACACGGAACUCGGCUGUUGUUGAAAACGGUGGUGGUAUUCUAAGGAAUGUUUCUAGCCACAUCGCAACAAGUGAAAAGUACAGGCAGCUUUUAAGAAAGCACAACUGUCUUCAAAUAUUACUUCAUCACCUGAAGUCUUCAAGCCUUACCAUUGUCAGCAAUGCAUGUGGGACAUUGUGGAACCUGUCUGCCAGGAACAAGGCUGAUCAGGAUCUCUUAUGGGAAUUAGGUGCAGUCAGUAUGCUCAAGAAUCUUAUCAACUCCAAGCAUAAAAUGAUUGCAAUGGGAAGUUCAGCUGCACUAAGGAAUCUGAUGGCAUCGCGACCUGAUGUCUUGACCACAGCGGAUGGCCAGAAGGAAGGCACUCCAGGACUCCAUGUCAGGAAACAACGAGCGCUCCAAGCAGAGAUUGAUAAGAAUCUGAAGGACACAUAUGCUGAGAUGGAAGGUAGAACUGAUCAACAUGGCUUACUUCAAAGCCAACAACGUGCCUCUCUCAGGAAUCGAGGCCAUAGAUCUCGGCAGCAGCAUGGUCCCGACUAUUCGCCAGUUCCGCAGCGAAUCCCCAUCUGGAAUCCCAAUGCCACCCCUUUACCAGAUUCUCUCAUGAAUAGCCAGCAGAGAGCGCCUUCACCAAGCAAUAGACUUCAUGGAAAUGUUGUGAAUUCUCCUGAAACUCGUGAUGAUCACUCCUUCCAAGAAGGGAAGACAAAAGAAAGUGAAGGUCAAAUCACCACAAGUCAGCCUGGAUCUGUCGAGAAUAGUCCUGGGAAACCACAUGGAGGAAGCAGGAUAGCACAGAUCAUGCAAGAAGUAGCUCAAGCUGGUCUUCCAAAUGACUCAAGCCAGGGCAGUGAGAGUCCACGUCGAGAGUCACUUGAAAGCAGGCUCCAGUCUAGAAAUGGCCACCAACAAAAACCAACAUGUCCUCGCUCAAGCUCUUUCACCCAUAUGCCACCAGAGGGUUCCAAUCUUUCAAGUCGUUCCAACUCAUACUCCUUUGGCUUUGAUGGAGGGCAGGGCCUUGUCGCUAGGCGAUCAUCUACAGAAAGCAUAAACAGUAUUUCUAGCGAUAUUUUCCCAGCUGGUAUCCAUGAACGAUUGGCGCAAAAUCGAUCUCAGAUGGAUCACUCUCAAUCAGCGGACAGCUCUCUCAACAUGCAUGGGACUGGAAGGAACCUUCAGAACAAUGCAUUGGUGCACUCUGCAGAUGAGGCUUUUGGUACAAACAUGGACUCUACAACAAACUAUAGUUUAAAGUAUUCUGAGGAAGAUCUUCCACCAGGGAUACAUAGCCCAAAGAGAACACCUCCCGAAGAGCAUGGAUGUAAAGAGGAAAACUCACAGCAAAGCAGCGGUGAUGGAGAGCAGAAUGAAGAGAAUUCAUCCCAGCCAUGUCAAAAGUGCAAUUCACCACAUAGACCUCGCGAAGGAUUGGCCACAGGUAACUCUUACAUGUCCAGUCAACACCAGGGAAUAUUUCCACAACAGUAUUCAGACCAGUCAGUAUCUUCUCAUCACAAUGUCCUAGAUACAAUCCAAGGAUCAAGUAUGUACUCGAACAUGGAUAACAGUGAACCUUUCACACAAGAUGAUGAGAGGCCAACUGAUUUUUCUCAAAGAUAUGCAAAUGAUAUGUCACAUGGAGAGGAUGCAGAAAGUUUUGGGUUUGUCCAGACAACUUUAGAGACCAACACAGGUGGGACUGUUUAUAUGAGUAGCGAGGAGCCAGAGGUGCGUGAUAGUAGCUACAAUGUUUCAUCGAAUCAAGAGAUUCCAUCAAGUUUGGUGUCUCAGUUUGGAUCAGAGCAUGGAGGAUCACGACAUUCGGUUGCAUCAAGCCAUCAUGAGGAAGAAGAGUCACAACCAUGCAGUCAUGAUGACAACACAAAGACAUACUGUGUAGAAGGAACCCCCGGCCCAAUUUCAAGAUGUUCCUCACUCAGUUCACUUGAUUUAAAUGAGCUGAACGAGGAUGAGAAAAGUAAAGAUGACAGUGCUCAUUCACCUGGUGAUGACCUACAAACCACUACACCUCCAAAUGAGCCAACCCCUGUAAAAAUGACAAAUAAGCAAGUUUUGCUGCAGCUCCCAUCGGACGUUCACCACCAUGAUGAAGUCCAAGAAACUCCUCUGGUCUUUAGCCGAUGCAGUUCAGUGUGUUCACUCAGUAGUGAUGAUGUGCCAGAUAUAUGCGAUGAUGUAAGCUCAAUUUAUACCAACAGUCGUGCAGCUAGUGGUUUUGUGAGUCCGAGUGAAUUACCAGAUAGCCCCAGUGAUACAAUGCCACCCAGUCCUAGAAGAACAUCGCAGGGUAAUGUCAAGGAAGAUAUUCAAAAUGCUCCUAAGCUUCCUGAAAUGGAAGAAAAGCCCACAAUGUAUGCAACUGAAGGAACACCCAUUGACAAUUCCUGUGCUACAAGCCUGAGUGCUUUGACAAUUGACGGCGAUGUCAAAGCUACAGUUGCAAAACGUCUCUUACCACCUGAAGGGAAUGAGGGAAGUGAAGAUGCUGGCAGUAAAGACAAAGAGAAUGCAGAUGAAAAGAACGUUGAACCAAGUGGGAAUGACUUUUCAGAACAAGAGCAGAGUCUGUUAGAUGAAUGUAUUAAUGCAGCAUUGCCAGUGAGAAGAAAGGGAAUACCAAAGCCAUCAAAAUCUAAAAGCAAGAGAGAUGUUACCAGCAAGAAGAUACCUGUGAGUCAAAAGCCGUCAACUAGUAAGCACGUCAGUUUUGAGAAGUCAAAUUCUGCUCAAUCCACUGCCCUGCAGGAUGUAUCAAAGCCAUUUUGCACAGAGGACACUCCAGUGAACUUUUCUGCUGCUACUUCGCUCAGUGAUCUAAGCAUAGAAGACAUUGAGAUCGAGAGUUCAUCAGAUGGGAAACUUAUGAUUACAAAUCCAGACAGAAGUGCCAUGGAGAAACCUAGUGGUAUUGAAUCAGAUAAUCAAGUGCAAACUUCAGGGGAUCUUCUACAUUACAUGGAUGAUGCCAGGUCUGAAACUAACUCUGUCACAAAGGAGGCAGAGGAUUCCAUGUUACAGGAGUGUAUUAACUCUGCCAUCCCAAGAUCCAAAUCUAGCAAGCCUCGUACAUCACUACUUGCCAAACACAGAUCACCCCGACACAUUGGAAAGUUUAGAUCACCGAAGGGAGUUGCACCUCGAAAGAGAUUGCCAAGUACAGAUGUGCGUCACAAGAGUCCAUCUCCCAUCCCUGAGAUGAGCUCAGAUACCAGAUCUACUUCAAGCCAAGAACGAGGGCAAGACUGGGUGAACAAUCCGUCACCUCCUCCUGAUACUGUUACAACCUACUGCAUGGAAGGAACACCAGGAAUAUCCAAUGCUACAUCCUUAAGUGACCUUACUUCUCCCAUUGAUUCCGAAGAUGUCAAUGGAAACAUCACUUCUCAAAAUUUACCUCAGAACAGAAGUACCUUAGGUGUUGGAGUCAGCAUGGGGAGUACUCCAUCUGAUACACCCCGUGUUUUUGCAGUUGAAGGCACACCUAUCAAUUUUUCAUGUAAUGGUUCGCUAAGCUCAUUAAGCUGUGAUGAGGAUGCCGACCUUGCUGAAGCUAAAGCUCAAAUGAAAGAAGUUAGUAAAAGGAAACAAGCAGAUGGAGGUUCAAGUAGACAGCAGACAAUGAUUCCCAAGCAGAGAACAUCCUUCUCAAAUCCCAUUGAACAGGUUCAUAGUCCUGAUAAAAAGUAUUACAGCAUGAAUGAUUAUCAUAAUGCAGAUGCUGCUAAGAGUGCAAUGUCUCCUCUGGACUCUCCAAGAGUGUUUGCUGUGGAAGGUACCCCUGGUGUUAUAUCCAGGGCAGAUUCACUCAGUUCUCUCAGUUGUGAUGAAGAGGAUGCAUCACCACAACAAGCAGAUGAACGUGGAACGGUAGAAAAAAGUGCAAAAGAGAGACUCGCUGAAAAGACACGGACGUCCAGGAUAAGUGGUAACAGAAUGAAUCAUCUUGGUGAAAGUUCUAUGGCUAUGAGGAGACUGAGCUCGGAGGAGGCACCUCUAAGCUACGCCGUUGAAGACACACCAACUUGCUUUUCCCACAAUUCAAGUUUGAGUGCAUUGAGUGACAAUGAUGAAGAAGAGCGACCAGAUCUCACUGAACAGUGGCAGGAUGAAGAAAGUCAACAACAAAGGUCGACUGAGAGUGCCAAUGGAAUCAACAAGGAUUCCAGGAGAGUGUUUGCAACAGAGGACACCCCUGUUUGUUUUUCAAGAAACAGUUCUCUUAGUUCUUUGGAUGCAGAAUCUGAUGGAGAUGCUGCUAGUGAGCAGGCUUUGCUGGAUGAGUGCAUCAUAUCUGGCAUGCCGCAAUCAAAAGGCAAGAAACCUGUUAAGAAAAUAAAUGGCAAGGUCAUUUCAGGUGGUCCAUCUAUGGAAGAUGAUGAAAGUUCUGCUACCAUCAAGGAAAAUGAAUCAAAACCUGUUAGAAGGGGACCAAGAAUCAGCAAACCAUCAGAUAGUGUGGAGGAGAAAUCUGUAACUGAGGAAGAGGAUGGCCCCAAAGGAAUUAAAGGUGGGAAAAAGGUGUACCGAAGUCCCAUUACUGGCAAAAUACGAUCUAUCACACCACCAAAGAGUGUUAUGGCCCCAAAAAGUCCUGCAGCAACUAGAGGUGGCCUUGCUAAAGGAAGUCCCACUACAUCAAGAGGAAGGGGUGCUAUUCGAGGUGCCAGAGGUGGCCUUACUCGCAGUGCUUCUACAACUCCACCAAGGAGUGCAACCCCAACUGGUAGAGGAACCCCUCCUAGGACUACCACACCUCCUCGUACAACAUCACCUAUGACAGCAGGGAGGACCACUACGCCUCCAAGAACCACUUCACCAAGAUCUGGAACUCCACCAAGGCUCACACCUUCACCAAAAGGACCUAAUGGAAAUAAGAAUAUUACCCCUGUAAGAAAUACUACAAAUUCAGCCCGUAGCAUCACACCACCAAGGCCGGUAAGGAAAUCCUCCCUUGAUUCUCAAAAAGAUGGAGAUGCCAAGAGUGAAACUUCUUCACGUAGGUCUUCAAAAGAAAGCAUCAGCAAUAUCCCCAAACCUAGACAGAUAAAAAACCCUAGCAAAACCUCUCCUAGCAGUUCAACCUCACCAAAGCCACCAACUGGUCGUGGCUCUCCUGCUGGAAAACCUCCACUCAGCACAAGUAGAUCAGCAAGUCCAAAAUCAAAGAUGCCGGUGCCUUCAAGAUCAAACAGCCCUUCUACAAAGACAACUGGUUCUGUUGGCACUCCAAGAAAACCUGUGAACAAAAGCCCAUCUACCAACAAACCUGUCGAUGACUCUACAUUGGGUGAUGAAGAAUUGACAUCACAAAUGAAAAGCAUUAGCUUAGAAAGUGAUGGAGGUUCACCUGAUUUAGACGAUGGUGAUCGACCAGUGCUGCUCAAACAAUCAACAUUUACAAAAGAUAGUGCAUCACUCCCUGAACAAACUCCUGAAAUGAAUCCAUUAAGUGGAGACGAGAAGGUUCUGUCUCCAGUGCAAUCAGAAGAGGCUCCAUCAGUGACUGAAAGUGAAUCCAGUUUAUCUAUGUCUAAAGGUGGAUGGAGAAAGACGAGCAGUGGUAUCCAGGGGUCGCAAGAGGGUCAAAAGUCUUCCACUGGAAACAAAACAGUCAGUAAACCCACUGGUGUCUCAAAAAUCACUCCAAAGAGGACUAAUUCCCCAGGUCUUAGGUCACCUGCUACUAGAUCUUCUUCCCCAGGUCAAAGGACAAAUGCACCUGCAAAAAGGUCAGAGUCACCAUCUAGAGUGUCUACUACAUCUCAAAGAUCAGAAUCUCCUUCCAGAGCAUCAACAACCUCACAAAGCUCAGUGUCUAAGCAGAGGACCAUCCCACAAACAAAGGGACCAGGGUCUACACAAAGAAAUAACUCUGCAACUUCCAAGAUCAACUCAGGACUUCAGAAAUCUGGAGGUCUGAGCAAAAGAUCAUCAUCGCCAUCAGGUGUGAAAACAAAUCCAAAUGUUAAUGGAAAUCGUUCCAGUACACCGCCAAAGUCGGCUGCCAGUAGACAAAAUACAAGACCAGCAAAGCCUGGGAAUACAGGAGUCAGAACAGGUCCUCAAACUACUAGGGCAGCAUCUGCUAGUCCUAAACCCUCAGGUGCCUCUACAAGAGCAUUACACAACAAACCAGCAAGUAGGCCUUCAUCAGCUGAAGGACCAAGAUCACCCGCUGUAAAUAAAUCAUCUUCUGAGGAGACACCUUCACCACAAACACCAUCAAAAUUUGGUACAUUCACUAAAAAGAAGGGCCAGUCGAGUAUUGAAAUCAGUAGCAAGAAAGAAAAGGGAGCAUCUGGGGUGAGUGAUAAUGUGACUAAAAGUGAUCUUUCGUCUGAUGAACAACAAAAUUCACAACUGAAAGCUAAGGAUCUUUGCAAAGAACUUAACAUACCCGUGAAAAACUGUGGAGGUAAAAUUGUGUCUCCAACACGUGAAACUGCAGAAGGUGAUGGUGUUUGGAUGAAAAGGCCUGAAGAUGAGGUAAAGGACUGUGCAUCCAUCAGUAUCAACUCUUCAUCACGUCAUAGUAGCUCAUACAGUUUGAGUAGUAUUUCUACCAAUCAUCAAGUUGGUAGCCUUUCUCGACAGAAAUCAGCCCAGCCUGAAUUACCUAGCUCAAAUAAGUCACCAGCAGUCAAUGCAAAGAGAAAUAUUUUUCCAUCACUUAAUAAAAACUCAAAUUCCAAAUCAUCUAGUAAAUCUAGUUUAGACUCAUCAAAAAGUGGAGGUAAAUCAACACCUAAAUUAACAUCUAAACAGAAGCAUGAAUCUGAAGAAAAAAAUGAAGGGAAAAAGGAGAAAAAGGCAGAUAAGAAGCGAUUCUCUUUUCUCAAGUUGAAGAUUGGUGGAAAGAAAUCGGAUAGUGAUAGUGAAGGAAAGGAAAAGAGCAAAGGGUUUUUCUCCAAGAAGGAAAAAAAGUCACCAAAAAAAUUGAAGGUUCAGACCAAAGGCAAGACAGAAUCAGAGUCGUCCGCUGAGCAGGUCCUCCCCAGUCCUCCUCUGGCUGAACUAGAACCUGAUCUUAACAUUAGUGGGGCUGAUCUCAGCUUUGACAGGCAUCUGGAUGAGCUAGAGGCUUGGAAUAGUGACAAUGAUAUUGACAAAGAAGAGAUGCCUGAUGAGUUUGUUGAAUGGGAUAGUGGUAGCGAUAUCAUGAAAGAAGAGAUGCCAGAGGAAUUCAUUGAAAGCUGUUCAGAAGUAGAUACUGAUCCUGCUACUCCAAUGAGUCCCGGUGUUACAACUGGAUCAGUAGGAGGUGAUAUACAGAUUGACCCAAACGGACAGCGGGGAGACUUCUCCCCACACUCUCAAACUGGUAGCCUUUCCCCAAACGGACUAUCGGGGGACUGUAUGUCCCCCGUAGAUGAGGAUGGUAAUUCCAUUGAAGCCGAUGAGCAGUAUUUUUACUGUGAAAAUCGACUGAACUCUUUCAUUCGUCUUGACGACAAUAAAAGCGAAACAAGCGACACAUUUCUUGAAGGAGAGUUGAGCAUGCGUCGAAAUGUCCAGAACCAGCGCAGCCGUAGCUUGUCAGAUACUACCGUUGAUCAAUCACCACAUCGCCCUCAGAGAUUGAAACUUCCCCAGAAACCAUUCGGUAUCCAUCAGAAUGACACCUCUCCUUCUUCCAACAAUGUUGUACCUGUUUUGGUGUCACCCUAUAACUAUAGCCCAAAUCCAAAUCGGAAAGGCGAGAUAGACACCAACUGUUCCGGGAUGGGGUUUCACAAAGAUGACAGUAGUCGAAGUAGUUCAGAGGUGGUUAGUCCCACUGGAUCUACCAGAGUAACUACUGUUUAGAACAACUUAUCUUUAUUCAUAUUUCAUAUUUUUGACAUCCCAUUUAUUGUUUGAUCUUUUUAAAAAAUUAUUUUUCUGAUAUGUUGAGAGUUGAUUAAUGAUGCAGUUUAGCAGCUGAUUAGCCUGAAAAUCACUCAACUUAAAUAGUAAAAUGCAUGAAACUGAUUAUUCUAUUCUGGAGUAAAAUUUUAAGAAAAGAAUAACAAUUUAGUAUGGAACAUGUGGUCUGAUAUCUGAUUCUCUUAGCGAGUAUGUGUUGCUAGUUUUCAUAGGGCAGUAAAUUUUUAUAUUCUGCUUAUUUUUUCCUUCCAUUGUACUUGUGAAGAUUCUUCUCAAAUAUUCACAUUAGAGUAGUUCAAACUUAAUAUUUAUUGCCAAUUUGAAAUGGUUAAUAAUUAUUGAUUAUGUGAAUUCAUGUAUCAAAAAUCAUGAUUAUUUCUGUAUUCUCAUUAUCAGUUGAUGUAUUUAAUGUCUCUUUAAUUAAUGUACGAACUAUGAGAAGAGAAAAUAGCCUUUCAUUCAUAGUCAUGGUCUCUUAAAGCAAAAUUUGUUCUCAAAACAUUUCUGCAUGUACGGUAAUUGUAGAUUAUUUUACAGUAGUGUUCUACAGUGGUUUGAUAGUGUGAUACUCACAAAUCUCUAGCACUCCAAGUAUCAUGAAUAUUUCAAAAUAUUGUUAAAAAAUACACUUUAUAGAUUAUCUCAAACUUUGCAUUUCUAUUUUAUUAUUUAAGACAAUUUUUUUUAACUUGAGGUUGAAAAACAGGUUUUAUAGAAACGUUUUUAGUUUAUUUUGAAAAGCAUUAUCAUAAUGAAAGACUUGCAUGUUAGUUACAAUCUUGCAGCUUGCAUUAUUUCUACCAUUACAUGUUAUAGUGACACAGUUUAUUACUUCAUAAGUGCAAGUAAUUACAAAAUUGUUUCAAUAAAGGAGGAAGGAGGAUGAACUGUACGCAAACAUACUUGUGCAAUGAAAAAAUAGUGUUGAUUUGCUACAUUAUUUUUGAAAGCAUAUCUCUGUACAUUUUGUACCAAGUAACUUAUUGUGUUUAAAUAUCAUGAUAGUAUUAUAUCUGUCAAUUAUUUGAUUAGUGGAUUGCUAUCAGGCAUGGGGAUCAGGGGAAGGGGGGGCCAAUGGUUAGACACUGUUUCUACCUCCAUUAUGCUGAUAGACAACCUCUUUUUUGGCAGUGAAGUGGAAAUUGUUUUUUUUUUUUUUUUUUAACUAGUCAAUAUUUUGUUGUUGUUUCGCAUGUCAGAAAUGUCUGCAAAACAAAACUUAUAGAAAUUCUCUGACCUCCCCCCCCCCUAUUAUGAAAUCUUGGAUCCACCCAUGAUUGCAAGGUUUUCAGUCUAUCGUCAAUCGCUACUUAUUUAAUACUUUAUUUCUAGGCAUUCAAUUUGUCGCUCGGUAUUCACUUUUCUAUUGUAUGCAUAUUUUACAAUAUUCUUGCAAAAUACUUUGUGGUAUUCCUGUUUACAAACUUAGAUAAAAGGCAGAGUACAUAAUAUUAUUGGAUAUUCAUAUAUCUGAUCUUGUUUAUUAUAUUCAGGGGAAUGUUCUAAUUCAAGUUGUAGUCAGGGAUGUGUUAGAAAGGAAAGGAAUGUACUAGCCUGCAUAACCCCAAGUGACGAGCCGACGGCAAGAUAAUGUGUUGCAAACAGGUGUUUCAACAAUGCCACUCGGGUGUUUUCAAUAAUAGGAAUAUUUUUAUUUUUGGUAUAGUUUCUUGGAGCAACAAAGUUAAGUCAGAUUUCAAUUGGCUUGUCCAUUUCUUAAUGAUGCAUUAGUACAUUUUGUGGGCAUGACGGGUAUCAGCGAACAAAAAUAACCAUAAUUCGAGUAAUAUUAAAAGUUAAUUAUCUCAGAUUCAUGCAAGAACACGCAUUAAUUAUUAUACAAAAUAUGUUCAUAAUUAUAAAUCUUUCAUGAGUGAGCUCUGAAAUGCGCAAAUAUCACGAGGGCUUUUAUUUUUGUUGUCCAUAACUUAUUUGAAAUUUGCCAAAUUAAUUGAUCCAAAACAAUCCUUCUACAGACAUAAGUAGUAAAUACUGAUAUUUCGUUUCUGCAGAAGCCAGCCGGCUCCGAAAGGUUAAAAAUCGGCACGCCACAUGGGAUAUCAAACCCCCUUUUAAAAUGCUUUGUCAGUGAUUGGAAUGAUUUUGUAUUCCUAUAGAUUUUCAAAUAUAUUGUGCUUUAGUUUUCUACCUUCCUAACACACCCCUGUUGUAGUCAACACAUUUAUAUUUUUUUUUUGACUAAAUUUUUGAUAGAUGACAAUCUGAUUGUCCCAGUAAAAUUUGGUUCAAUUUAGUUUCAUUGUGUUCUGUGUGACUUAUGAGCUGUAUUCAUUAUUUCAUUUGUCCAAAUAUUUAUUUUAGAAAUAUCCCCACAUGUUUCUUUCAGCAAUACUUAAAUAUUACCCAUAUUACAUAAAAAAUAAAGAAACAUUUCCUUUGUUUAGAUUACAUUUCACAUGUUAUAGGAUUUAUUUCCAUACAGGGCACAUUUUUUAUUUUUUUUUAAAUUCUUUGUAAUGGUCAAUAUGCAAUGUCAGUGUGAAUUUACCCCCAACUUAUUAUGAACGGAUUAUCACGUGCUAUACAAUUUCUUGCCUGAUUAUCAUGUUUCUUACAAAUAAUGCACUUCUUGUUCAGAAGAUAUUUAAACUUGGCUAGUAGAGUAAUAAUUUCUAUGUGUACGUCAUAGUUGUCCAUUUGCAUUUUCUUAUCAACUGGUAUUAAGACUUUAGUACUUUCUUGCAACAUUUUAGGUAUGUGGUAAUUGACAAUGGUCAGUAAUAAGCCUGAGUGGUUAUUUUGCUUGGGACAUGUUCAUUGGUUCUUUACAUGUAUGUUUAUUACAAUGUUUAUAUUUCCCUUGAUUAAAAAAUUCUACUGUACUUUUUUUCUCUCCCAUAUAUAUAUAUAUAUGUCAUUACAAUGAAAAUCUUAGUUGAAACUCUCGUUUGCCUUUCAUUAUGUAAGAGACUUUCUACAUAUCAGUGUCCUGGGCAAUAUUUCUUGUAAAUUGUCUCCAAUGACAAUGCUGUAGCCACACCAAUGAAACUGACUCAAAACUGACUGAUGAUAUUCCAUUUAUAAAGUAACAUAAUAGCUUUGAUCAGUCUGGAGACGUUGGUUUGACUGUAGCCUCAGUUUUCAUUUACCCAUUAUUUUUCAACCAACCAGAGCUAAAGAUUUCACAGAAAUCAUCAGGGCUCCGUAACACAAAGGUUGGCGUUUAAUCGGUAAAAUGAAGUGGCCUAUCAAGAUCAUCGUUGCAUGCACAUUUUGCUCCGUUGACUGACUAGGAACCAAUCUGAAUUGUUCUUUCAAAUUAACGAUUAAUCGCUAAUCUUUGUGUUAUGGAGCCCAGUGAUCUGACAACUGUUAUGAAAAAAUAUCCUAAAUUUGUAUUCUUUUUAGUCAGCUUAUUUAAAUUAAUUCAUUAGUAGAAACAACCAUGAAGUGCAUUUUAAUGAGGCAAUGUGUUCAAUGCAAUCCUGUGCAUGUUUGGUGCUUAUUAUUUCAUUAAGAAUGUUUGGUAAUUAAUGUGAAAUAGAUUGAGAAUUGUUAUUUUGACUUGGGAAAGACUGCUGAAUUCUAUUAAGUUCCCACCAAAAUCUGACUUGCCAGUAAAUGGAGAAAGAAACGGUGAACCGUUGAAUGAAAAAGCUAGAAGGAAAACACUGUGUAGGUAUAUGAUCAUGUAUUGCUGCAAAAUAUUUUCUUCUGUGUUUGAAUGUAGAAUUGUGAAGAAAGUAAAUUGUAGUUUUAUCAACUUUUUCAUUAUAUAAAUGUUAGAAGAAAAAUAUGUGUUCAAGGUUCAAUUGUGACAUUUUGCUCAGGAUGGCCUGAAAUCCUUGUAGCAAAAAAUGCAUAAGAAAAGUUUUAUUACUUCAUGGAAAUAAGAUUAUUAAAAUAUCAAAUGUAUGAGAGUGAGAUUUACCUUUGUAAAUUUAGAGAUAUUUUGUAACCAAAGACAAACAGUUCUUUAGAAAUUGUAGAAAAAAAGUUAGGUUACUUUGUUAAAAAAGUAAUUAUUCUAUUGAUCAUGGAAGACAAAAAAAAUGUGCAAAUAUAAUGUCGUGUUCAAAUAUGUAAUACAUUACAAAAAUAAUUCAUAAAGAUGAUUUUAUAUUUACAGUACUCUGUAUUUAAACAUGUCCAUGGAUGUAAAGAGAAUGUUAAAAUGUAAAGAAAAGGUAAAACGUGUUUGGCCGUUUGUUGAUGUAUAAAAUGAGAGGAAAGAGAAAAUAAAGAUAAAGUGAUUCAGAUUUAAA